AUGACUCCAACGACUCAGAGAGAAAUGCCAGAGAUCCAGCAGUACGUUGUUUGGCCCCCUAUGAUUAAGCAUAUUGUUCCAAUGGGUCAUCUAUACGAUGAGAGUGGAAACUCUUAUCCCAGAAUCGGAGGACGAUCAAGCGCAUUGCCAAACGGACAUGUGUUAUUCCAAUUUAACAACACAUUCUGUCACAAUGCAGCAGGCCAGUUUUUAGGAAGAACUGAUUCCACCCUCUCAUUCCUUACCAAUCCCACCAACCCAGUCAUGUCAAGAUAUUUGGCGCCACCAGAAACAAAUAUCGAAAUCAGCGAGAGACAAAUUCCAAGCUUGUUCAAGCGCUUCGAGGAUGAACUUGACAAGAAAAACGACAACAAGGUUUUCUGGGCCACUGGUGGGAUUGCUUGGUAUCUUAUUACCGGUGCCGCAGCAUAUGGAUGGACUUUUUUCGAACACCGAGGGAUUAGAAAGGAUGGAUCGACCUUUCUCAUAGCGCCUAGUGAGCCUCGACUUGGAACUUUCUCGGUUCUUUCCGAUGGAAAGUACUUAUACGCCUACGGGCACAAAGGUGGCGAUCACAAUGAGGAUUAUGAUGUGGUGCUAGGUCGAGUACCUCUAGAGUUGGCAAAUGCAAGAGCUUGUUGGGAGUAUUGGGGCGGGGAAAGAGGUUGGGCCAAAAAUCACAUAUUUUCCUGGCCAAUCCUAAAGAACUAUUUACAUGGUCAAAUUUUUAACACAAAGUUAUUCGGAGAGGCCUCGCCAUACAGGUUUGGUCUCGUCGGCUGCACCCGUACCGGUGACAGCAAGCUAAUGUUCGGACGAGCUGUCAAUCCUUGGGGUCCUUUCGAAAUUGUCGAGCUGAUGAAGGCAUACCCUAUGGGUCAUAUACAGAGAUUCGCAUAUACUGCCCAUAUGUUUGCUCACCCAUGGGCCUUUUCAGAGAACAAGGGAGAUCUAAUGGUCACUUGGAGUGAAGGAGGAUCGGCAGGAAAUAUCGUCGCAGUAAAGAUCCGUUUCGAACAGGGCAUCGGUCGCGCACAACCUAAGGAGCUGAGAGUUGUCCAACGCAUCGAGGAAGAACGAGACAAUGACAACAUCGCUCUAUCGGAGCUGCAACUCAACGAUGAACUGUAUAGCUUCGAGCGGUAUGAAAAGGAUGGUGAACAGAAGACCGUAAUCACCACAGCCGAGAAGAAGAAUGUAUUUGAGAAGGCUGCUACAGCAUUUGGCAAACUAUGCAACAAUAAUGCUGCUUAG